ACGAGAAGAUACGAAGCCUGGGUCACAAAAGUGUGAGCCCCAGCAAACCUGCCUCAUCCACAUACCAGGGGGCAGGCAAUGCAACAAACUCUUCCCCCUCAUCCACCCUUCUGUCAUCGCCAACGUACCGUGGUGCCAGUCAUGAAUUCGAUUCAGCCACUCCACUUAUUUCUUUUGUGACCUCAGGUUCAAGGUCAGAAGCUCCAUCCAUAGCUCCCCCUGCUAUUCCCUCAUUAGCCAAUCAGAAUCGGUCAAACACAAAUGACCUUAGUACGUCACGACUUGAAUCGACCAUUCAAAAUCGUUACACGAAUGACGUUCCACCACCCCUGCAUCCGAAACCCCGUAUUGCUCUGAUGGCUGAAAGACGACGUAAUCGGCAAUCAAAGACUGCGUCUGGCAUUGAUGCAGACGCCGAAAAGCGUAGAUCACGCAGCGAAGGUCCCCAUGGAAGAAGAAAAAUUCGGAACUCGAUGCAUGAAACAUCGAGCGUGGCAAAAGAACAGUACAAACAUGUUUCUAAUGAACGUUACUCGAUGUUUACUGGGCAAUUGUCUGAUCAUGAUGAUUUGAUGCAAGGCGACCCUUCGGAGAGUGAAUCCAUGGAGUCGGACAUGGAACAACAAAAAUGGACCAAAAAUCCUCUUAUGGUGCGAAAAAGUAGAAAAUCGGAUCGGGUUUCAAAAACCGAUAAAAGGCGAUCUGUUCAUAACACUGACCAAAUUGGGAAAACAGUUUCCCCAAGGGAAAGGCCACCAAAUAUGUUCCAGAAUCCAAAAAGCAAGGACUUAUUUUUAUAUCCUGGAAAAUGUGAACCGCUUCCAAAGGCUUUCAAGUUUCAAAGGAUGGAAGAAAAUCGUAAGAAGCGUAUCGAUAUGGCGGUGACAAGUGACGAAGAAUGUUCGCCACAGUUGAGAAUUUCCCGUUUACGCCAACGAGCAAUGCUCAGUUCAAAUUUACACAAUGAACCUGCUUUGAGAGAAGAUAUACAAAUCGUUCCAAAGUUUGCUGAUAAGACUCAAUCACAGCAUGGAUUCCUUGGAAAUUCUUCUUCGAUCCAGAAUGAUAAGAGCACAUUAGAGAGAUUAAGUCAGUAUGAUGAUGUAAGAUAUAAUAACUGUGAUGAAAACUUUAAUAUUGAUCAUAAAAAUGAUGCAUUUUAUCACAAUAAUGCGAAAAAUCAAGCUGUAAAACACAAUAAAUUGCCCAGCGUUUUGCCAGAAUUUCUGCCUGAAAACAGGCUUCCAGCUAACAGAGAUCAGCAUUUGGGUAUCCAUGGUAACGAAUUUAAUCAAGCAUCUAAAGUGACUAUGAUAAAUAGAACUCAGAAAAAUAAUGAAAUUCCGGUAAAUUUUGCUCGCAACUUGGCGCAAAAUCAGUCACAGGAGAGUGUUAAUCCAAAACUAGGGAGAAUGGCGAGUGAGUCUCCAAAACUGCGGAGUUUCGAUGAAGUGCGCGCAAAGCAAGCCCCGGCGUUAAAGAAAGCGGUGGAAAAAGUCAAGUUAACUCAGUGCUCACUUGAUAGCUCCACAGAUUCCCUGGACGAUUUGAUCGAGUCCAACAUUCAGUAUCUCGAGAGUGAAAUCGAGAGCGGGAAGUUGAAACGUCAGUCCGGGAAUUUCGGAAAACCACAAAACAUUCCUGGCCAGUCGCAUGUAAUACGGGAACCAGUACGCACUAGCGUUCACAUGUCAGUGAACGAUGAAUUUCGGUCGCGGCUGCAUGACCCACGACAGCAGAUUGUUAAUAAUAUUCCUACACAGCGGCAGAACUUGGUGACAAAAAGUAGUCCUCACUCACAGCCGCAGCAAACGACAUAUCAAGGUCAACAGUGGUCACAAGUUAGAACUAAUGAAGUGAAAUCUGGACCAUUAUAUGGAUCAGCUACAUACAGUCCCCACAUGCAUAGGAAACAUGUUGCAACUACUGAAGACGUGUCAAAGUCUGAUACCCAGUUGAACGUCAAUACCAAUCUUGGUCGCACGGACGUCACAGUUGGGGGGAAAAAUUCUGGAAAUUCAAAGAUAGGCACCGUGUAUUAUGCAGAAAGCAAACCGAUGGGAAGUUAUUCAAUUAAAGAUCGGGUUACAGGAAGAAUGGUGUACGUUAAGCCUGUUGAACGUGUGCUCAAUGUGAGUGCAAGUGAUGGUGACCUUGGUAAUGGUUACCGUGGAAACGAGAAUGUAGGUCAAGAUGUGUCAAGGAUCACAGAAAGUGGGAUGUUUUCUGAUGUUGAGUAUGACAUAGUCGUUUCCGAACGGAUAAAGAAAUGGGAGAAAAAGUUGACGCCAGGUGAAAUUGAGGAACGUAAAACGGUGCUGAACACGAUUCGGGAAUACGAGUCUUUCAGUGACAGUAACCAAAAGGACAGUGUGCCUGACACUCCUGUUGAGAUUAGGCGUGAAUUGCGUCAGCUCAUGAGCCCAACAAAUAAUACUGGUGUUGGAAAACUGUCCGUUAAUCUAACUCGUUCAACAUCUUCCAUUUCUGAUUCAAACAUAGCUGACACUUCAGUGACAUAUUUUGAACCGAAAGUUGUGUCCUCGGAAACUAACCUCCAUAGAAUAUUCCGCGUCGUUCACGAGCCAAAGUCGCACAGUGUUUCGAAUGUUGGGAGCGAAAACAUGGUAAAACCGGUUUCAAGUCGUAGAAGAAGGGAAGACGUGACCAAUUAUACACAGAGCAUGAGUAGCAUGGUGGCCAGUGAGUCAGAGGCUGGAACGAUGCAGCAGUCGUGGCCCCCUAUGGUUGUCGACUCAGAUUCGGGCGUCAGAAAAUCGUGGCGAAUGUCACGGUACGAAGAAGAAAUCAACGAGUUGAAGGAACUUGUUUCAGACAACUUGCGUGACAUAAGAAAAAGGUUUGAUUCGGACGUCAGUGAGUCGGACAGCAGAAGAGCAUCUUCUCCUGUAGCUGUAAACAAGCCAAAAGAAAUUGUGAAUAAGCCAAAAGAAAAUGUAAAUAACACAAAAGAAAAGUCAGGUACUGCAAGUUUGACUCUGAAUAUUAAACCAGCAACACUUACGAAUCAAAGAUCACCUGUCACAAUAAGAAGGAAGCUCUCUGAUCAGAUGGUUCAUAACACUCCACCGGCAAGUCCCGGUAUUGUUCCAAAAGGCAAUACCACCAUGAUGACCUUGUCGGCACCUUUGACACCAAAACUGGAGAGGAAACUACCAAUUUUCAAAAACAUCCCAGUAGAGACAAAAUCGGUUGUUCAGAGGAUUGUUCCAGAAGUUUUAAAAUCAGUGUAUUCAAUACACACGAGUUCAAAUGUUUCGGAUACAAAAGGUUCUUCGAUUGAUACUUCGUCGACUGGUCCCGACGUUUGGUCCCCUAAUAUGGAGAGUCGAAAGGGACUUGUUAGCAUCGAGCGCGUGAAACCAAGAACGCUGCAGACUAUUCCACUAUCUGAAGACCCAGUCUGGAGAGAAAUGGAGGGCUUAGCGACAUUUCAGAGACAACAGGAGAUGACAACGAAAGAAGUCAAUUUCGAUGAGAUUGAUGAACUUCUUAAGAUAGCUACUGGUAGUAUCGAGAGGUCAAAAUCCUUAUCCAAUCAAAAAGAGCCAUCCUGGAUGACAUCAGACCAGCUGACCCGCGCGGUUGAUAUCAUGUCUCAUAGUGAAAACGCGGUCAUCUUGCAUUCACAACUUCCUGUCGCGCAAAGCAAACCGAGAAAACUGUCUGACUCUUCAGCGACCACUAACAAAUAUUCCUUUAUACCACCUGUUAUACAACCACUGAAACUGAAUACAGGACAGACCAAAAAAUCCAGCACAAGCGCCUUAGAUGACGUUUUGGAAGAUAUCCGUGCAACUUUGCAAAAGAAACCACUCAGUCCAAAACUAGCCAAAAACGUUGUUGAAUCCUCAGAAUCGAAUUCGUCUGCUAAUCCUUCGCUGCAGUCACCGCUGACAAAAUCCGUCAAAUCGUUCGUGUAUAUUAAAGGGGAUCAAAAAGCUUCUUCACAACCACAGCCACCACCACGAAAAGCAGAAGUCUCGAAAACGCCAUCCUCCGCUACGCCUGGCUACGACAACACAUUGCCGUCUUGGCAGACUCAAACGCAGAUUCCGCCAACUCUACAAGCCCAAUUGGCCGAGGUGGGAUACAUCGAUCCGGAAUUCACGCAGUUUCCAUACAUCAUCAACGGAAACUAUCACCUCGACCCGGAUUUGUUGUCGCAGAAGUUGCAAAGUACUGGACUGACGGUGAAUGAAUCGUCAGACGAACAGAGUUUGGCAAGUUGGAAUAAAGUGCUAAGUAAAUUUUCUGGGAAUCAGCAAAACACAAUUAUGGAAAAUCUUGCUACCAGUCAGAAUUCUGUAAACGGGAAAGUAAGUCAAUCGGAAGGCAAUGUACAUGACUUAGACAGAUCAGUAGAAGAACUCCGAUCGCUGGCACAAGAUGUGGAAUAUAAAUUAAGUCAAAUAAAAUCGCGUAUAGUGUCAGCCGACGAAGAAAAGUUAGACAGUAUAUUGCUCGCUCUUAGGAAGUUUGCACCGCUUACAGAACAAAAGUAUUUCAAUUUGAAAUCUAAACAGGACUUCGAAACAGAGAAGGUGAGGAAACGAAAACUUGAAGACGCGUUGACAGAGCUGGAGAAGAUGUAUCAAAGCCUUGAUUUAGAUGACAAAUCUUUAUUGGACCGAGCCUCCAGACGAGAAGAAACUCGACAUUUUACAUCAAGAACUGAAUCUCAACCUCAAAAGGGUCCAUCAUCAAGUGUUAGCAUGCUCGGUGGUAAUUGGGCACAAAGGUCUGAUUCCAUGUCUAAAUCUGAAUCCAAUAUUGACUACAGUCAUCCUAGGCGUUCACAUAUCGAAGAAAUCGAGCGCCAGACGCAGAACGAGUUUGAAGAUAUUACGAAGUCAUUUCAGGUUCUAUUGGAUGAAGUCACCAAACAAUGCAGGUCUGUAGUAAAGAGCUCAUCAAAACCUAGCCAACCAGAAAACCCUAAACCGCUCUACAGUCAACGACCAAUUGAUGAAAUUCGUCAGGAACCACCUCGACAUCAACUACGGCUGGAAGUCCCUUCGCAAAGAGCUGUUCAAGAUAGCUAUAACACAGCAAUUAAAGAACUUGAAUCGGUUGCUUUGGGCAACAUUGCGAAUAUAGGUCACGGUCAGAUUACAAGUCAAUCUUUCAAUAGGUCUAGACAGGCAAAUAAUGGAAUGUCUUUAAAUCUAGAGAAAGCAAAUAACCAAUUUUUGAACCAGAACGUAAAGAAAUUUGAAACUGUUACUUCUCCUUCAAGAAAUUUGAAUAUACAGAUCCAGUCCCGUGCUGUGGUCACUAGCAAGGCCACGUCUCCAGGGUCAAACUCGUAUGUGUCCAUGGCGACGGAAUUUAAACCUUCUAUAGUGACAACCAAAACGCAUGAUUUUGUUAGAGGUAACGCGGAAGAUGGAUCUGGUAAAAAUUCUGUAACGUUGAAUAUAGAGGUUAAUACUGACAAAAAUGCCAAAGGUCAAGGACGUAGUGGAAGAUUUAGAAAACGUGGAAAUGCUGAGCAUCGAAAAUCUAUGCCAAAUUUUACUCGAGCAGUAGAAACGCAGACCGUAGAAACGCAAACUGACCCACCACCCUCUGUUGCCGAGAUGAAAGAAAAGUUUGAAGAAAUCAGGAAAAAUUCGCUGAAAGAUUUGGAAAGUGACAGUUCCCCAGAUUUAAAGUCUAACAGACUUUUAGCCAGGAAAUUGUCGUCGGGUGUUGCACAAAAACUUUCCAGUGCUAUUGACUCAAGUGACGAGGAAAGUUCCAGGAAGAAACGGAGAUCAAAAGCGAGACUUUCCUUCAGUGCACCUGAUAUUGUGUCUUUGCUGGAUUGUUUCAACGAGACAUACAACGAACUAGACAAUGCUGGUAAGGGGAAAAAGAAAUCACAAGAUUUGAAAAAUAAGUGUAGUGAAGGUGCAAAGGAUUGCGAUACCGCUAUUAAUGUAAAUGAAAGUCAGUCCGCGGAUUGUUGUGAAACCCCGAUCAGUAAGCCUCCCGUUUAUCCAAUCUGGAAGUACCCUGGUCAAGCGGAUUUCGAGGGAACAAAACAAUCGGAUCAAAAACGAACUUUAUCACAUAGUGCUAGUGAGCGCAGUUUUACGAAAGGGAUUGCGGAGAAAAACAAUACAGUGAUAACGACGUCUGGCAAUGAUAACACAGUGUUCAAUUCUACUGGAAUUAACAACGAAACUGCGGUGUUAAGUUCGGAUGUUACAUUUCGGAGACGAACGCGAUCAGCAGGGUGCGAAGAUGAAAACGAGGAUCAAAGACCAAGAAGUUUUCAUGAACUUGUGGCGGUUUUCGAACACAGUCCGCAGCGUCGUGAGAAACUGCGUUUGAGCGGCCUGCGUAAGUGCGCCUCCGAGGAGUCAAUGUUUAUAGAUUUAAUUUUGCAAAAGGUGUAUCAUUCGGAAUCCGAUGUCCGAGAUUUGGAUAGGCAUGACAAGGUAGCUAAAACGGAUGUUCGGAUUUAAAGCUUUUAACGGAGGUUGAAUACAAGUUAAUUAAAAGUGCUCGCGUAGUGGGUAAAACAUAGAGAUUUACUACGUUACAUGUAAAUGUGUUCAUUGUUUAAGAUCCAUUAAUGUAGAUUUAAUUUAUUUUUUGUGAUUUCUUGAAGUCGGUUCUAUAAAAUUCAUAAAGAAAUAUAUCUUCAUAGUGAC